GGAGAUACGGAAAUGGUUAUAUCGACUCGGCUAGUGAUUCUGACCAAAAAUAUAUAUACUUUAUAGGGUCGGAAACGCUUCCUUAUACCUGUUUUAUACUUUCCGACGAAUCUAAUAUACUAGUGACGAGUAAAAAAACUGCAAAACCAAAGCACUUUUUAUACGGCUUAAAUAGCACGACACGAAUAUAGAGCCUAAAUAAGAAUGAGGGAAAAUAUUAGAAGCAAAAUGCAUUGGAGUCAAUGCGGAGGUGUCCAGUUUGAUGUUGAAUUUCCCAUACACAGAAUAUACUCUUUUAAGAAAUGCGCAUGACUAACCUAUUGAUGAGCACAUAAACUGGAAGUGGUUUCGUCAGACAAUUCAACUGGAGCACGUCGUCAGCAAAGAAAAGUCGUAACAUGUUUUCGUUGUCAUUGGUUAUCAGCUGCGUUAAAAAAUCAAUGUGCUAAAGCAAGUUCUAUAAAAAAUGCACACGUUACAUUUAAAAGAGAUUGACGGCCAAGAAAUCAAUAUAUUACAUACGGUUUCAAAUCAGCUAUUGUAGUAGUAGUCUUUGCAUAACCACCCAAAAAAACAAAGAUAUUAAUUAUGAAAUUGUUCCUAGUUCUACUAUAAUGUCAAAAUGUCUACAUCACCAUCGCAUUGUUAUGGGCUAAAAGCUAACGACGCACCAACCGAGUAUGAGACAGGGAAGGCCACGAAACACACAUCUGGUCCUGAGUCUUCACCUGGGACUCUCCCACCAGAGCGUGGGGACACUUUAGAGUACUUCAUAAAGUUUCCCAAGCCUACCUCUGAAAACGAGUUUGUACUUGCAAACGCCAACGACAGUAAGGACAACAACGUGCCCAUCGUAAUGCUGUUGGGAUGGGCAGGCUGUCAGGAUCGAUACCUGAUGAAAUACUCGAAAAUUUAUGAGGACCGGGGUCUUAUAACAGUUCGGUACACGGCUCCGGUAGACACCUUGUUUUGGAAGCGAUCUAAAAUGGUCCCUAUCGGAGAGAAAAUCCUGAAACUGAUUCAAGAUAUGAAUUUUGAUGCACAUCCUCUGAUAUUUCACAUAUUUUCUAAUGGCGGAGCCUUCCUGUACCAACACAUUAACCUAGCUGUAAUCAAGCACAAGUCUCGACUGCAAGUUCGCGGCGUUAUUUUUGACUCUGCUCCUGGAGAGCGAAGGAUGCUCGGCCUUUACCGUGCAAUCACAGCCAUCUAUGGAAGGGGAAAGCCAUGCAACUGCUUGACAGCACUGGUCAUAACCAUCACCCUCAGCAUAAUGUGGUUUGUAGAGGAAUCAACUUCUGCCUUUAAAAGUCUAUUUGUGCAAUCAUCGCCGGUACGCUCGAGCCCAUUUUGCGCGCUGAAAAACGAAACCAAUAAGUACCCACAGCUCUUCCUGUACUCCAAAGGUGACGUCGUCAUCCCCUACCGAGAUGUGGAAAAGUUUAUUCGACUUCGACGCGACCAGGGUAUCAAAGUAUCUUCGGUGUGCUUUAAAGACGCCGAACACGUAAAGAUCUUCACUAAGUAUCCAAAACAGUACGUCCAGAGUGUGUGUAAUUUUAUAAGAAUCUGUAUCGCAAUACCUGCUCUAAAGGUUACUCCUAAUUGUGAGCACUCAGAAAAAAAGUAUUGGUUAAACCGAAAGUACGAUUAGCACACAAGAAAAAGAGCACAACUGUAUCCAUUAGUAGGAAACUAAAAGUCAGACGUAUGUAGUUAUUGAAAUCUUAAAACGCUUGCUAUAGAAACGAAUUUUAAUGCUAAACUAUAAAACUAACACUUGCAAAUAUUUCUGCUCAUUUUGGUUUUUCAUAAUAUACUAGUAGACUCCGCCGCGCGGCAGUCAGCGUCGAUUAUCGUUAACGAUAUUAGAGGAAGAAGAACACAACAUAAACUGAUCGUUGGUCAAUCCAUUUUAAUGAAAUAAAGUACUUUUGUAUAAUA